AUGGGUAUCAUGCUCAAGAAGCCCGAGGAGGCCGCUGGCUCGGCGGUCCCUGCCAUCCUGAUCGGUCUUUUCGUCUCCUUUGGUGGUGUCCUCUACGGUUAUGACACUGGUACCAUCGGUGACAUCCUUGGUAUGACGUACUGGAAGGACAACUUCUCAACGGGCUACCGCGACGAAACGGGAGCGCUCAGCAUUACCUCGAACCAGAAGUCCGAGAUCGUCUCUAUUCUGUCUGCGGGAACCUUUUUCGGUGCUCUGACGGCUGCUCCCACGGCUGAUAUGCUGGGUCGUCGCUGGGGCCUGAUCGUGUCCUGCGUCGUCUUCUGCGUCGGUGUCAUCCUACAAGUUAUUGCUACUGCCAUCCCCCUGUUUGUAGCGGGUCGUUUUUUCGCUGGUUACGGCGUCGGCAUGAUCAGUGCCAUCAUCCCUCUCUACCAAUCCGAAACUUCGCCAAAAUGGAUCCGCGGUGCAAUUGUUGGUUGCUAUCAGCUCUGUAUUACUAUAGGUCUGUUGCUUGCAUCCAUUGUGGGUAAUGCUACUAAGGGCCGCAACGACUCUGGCUCAUACAGAAUCCCGAUCGCUGUGCAGUUCGCCUGGGCUAUUAUUCUUGUCGUUGGAAUGCUUAUUUUGCCUGAGACGCCUCGUUACCAGAUUAAGAUGGGCCGUCCGGAGGAGGCGGCCAAGUCACUUGCACGCCUUCGUCGCCUCGAUAUCCAGCACCCCGCCAUUGUCGAGGAGCUUAGCGAGAUCCAGGCAAACCACGAAUACGAGAUGUCCCUAGGCAAGGCGUCCUAUCUUGAUUGCUUCAAGGGUGGCAUGCUCAAGCGUCUCUUGACCGGAUGUGGUCUCCAGGCUCUGCAACAACUCACCGGUGUGAACUUCAUUUUCUACUACGGAACCUCCUUCUUCCAGAACGCCGGUUUCCAGAACCCGUUCACUAUCUCUCUUAUUACGUCUUGCAUUAACGUUGGAUCGACAUUCCCAGGCCUUUACUUGGUUGAGAAAUGGGGUCGUCGCAACUUGCUCCUCUUCGGUGCGGUUGGCAUGGCGAUUACUCAGCUCCUGGUCGCGAUCAUCGGCACGGUCGUCGGCUCCGAGGAUAUGCCGGCGCAGCGCGCGAUGAUCGCAUUCGUCUGCAUCUACAUUUUCUUCUUCGCCUGCUCCUGGGGACCCGUCGCCUGGGUCGUGACCGGUGAGAUUUUCCCUCUCAAGGUCCGCGCCAAGGCUCUCUCCAUGACGACGGCCUCCAACUGGCUGCUCAACUGGGCCAUCGCGUUCAUGACGCCCUACCUCGUCGACAGCGGCCCUGGCAACGCCAAUCUCGGCGCAAAGGUCUUCUACAUCUGGGGCGGCGCCUGCUUCGUCUGCAUCUUCUUCGUGUGGGGCCUUAUCUACGAGACCAAAGGUCUCUCGCUCGAGCAGGUCGACGAGCUCUACAGCAAGGUCAGCUGCGCGUGGAAGUCCAACGGCUUCGUCCCCACCGUCUCCUUCCAGGAGGUCCAGGAUGUUGGCGUCGGUGCUGGCCAGAGCCUUGGCGAUGUCGAGAACAUCGCUAACCGCAAGAGGUCUGUCACCCAUGUUCCUUUCAAGCAGGAACUGUAA